UGUUUGAUGAUGUGGCUAUGCUCAGAAAUCCUUCCCAGGAAAUAAAGAAAAGUAAAUCCACACGUAUUUACCUGAGAAGCACUCUCGCGGUGCCAUCUUUAUGUUCACCCGUCUGGCCACAGUUCUCCAGGAGCUCUCUGGGGAGGAGGGCCCAGAUGGAGACCAACAGGACAUGCUGGUUCCUCAGCUCCCGACAGGUGAGGGCCAAGCGUCACCUGAGUCUGAAGUACCUGAAGACGCCAUGGAAAGACUAGCUCACCUGGAACAGCUGGUCGUCCAGCUGAAGGAGCUAAUCCGAGAUAAAGAUACGCAGCUCGUCCAAAAGGACGCUGAGCUGACCGGCAAAGAUGGACAGCUCAAGAAUGAGAGAGAAGAAGCAGAGGCCCGCUUCACCAAACUCAAACUCCAGGCCAAAGCAAAGAUGGCCUCGCUCAACAAACAGAUAACUGAACUGAAAGGACAAGGAGGAGCAACGCAGAGUCCAGACAGCUCUUUUACAGCAGCUGGUGCUGCAGUCGAGGAGGAGCUCCACGACCUGAGGAGCAAGCUGGGUGAAGAGGAGGCCAACAGCAGGAAGCUUAAAGAGCAACUCCAGGCAACCCAGCAGCUGCUGCAAGAGAAGGAGUCUGCCCACGCUGAGCAGCUGCACGUGCUGCAGGCUGUGGUGUGCGAGAAGGACGUUCGCUUCCAGGAGCAGAUACAGAGACAUGAGGAGGAGCUGCUGAAGGCCUCAGCUCCGUCUCAGAAUGACAGCCAGCUGCUGCAGGCCCUGGAGGCAGCUCAGCAGCGGUGUGACGAGCUUGAAGAAGCAUUAAACUCUCGCUCGCAAGAGCUGGAAAUGCUGCAGCAGAAAGUGAGCAGCGCUGAUCAGCAAAAACAGAUUCUGACCGCUCAGUUCAGACAGAUGGAGCAGGAGCUGACCGAGGCCGUCAAGCUGAGGGAGGAGGACCGGCAGCAGUGGGCUGAGCAGGCGAGCCGGGUAGAUGAAGAGCUGAGAGCCAGCCUGGAAGCCCUGGAAAAGGAGAGAAUGAAGGUAGCAAGGCAGGAGAGUGAGCUGGUUUCUCUGAGAGAGGCAGAGCUUGUUAGUCAGGAGGCUUUGGAGAAGGAGAAGAUGGAAGUGGCCAGAUUGGAGGCAGAGCUGUCUCUGGUGAAGGAGGCUGAGCUCGCUGCCAUCCGAGCACGUGAUGAUGCUUCAGAGAGAGAUGCAUCGGAAAUAGCUCGGCUUGAGAUCGAGCUUGCGUCGUGUAGAGAAGCAGAGUCUGUCCAGGCCGGGGUGGACGUCUUAGAAAGAGAAAAGUCAGAUGUUAAUGAACUGGAGAAAGAAGUGGCAAUCCUCAGGGAAGAGCGAGAAGGCAUGCUCAAGAAGGAUGAGAUUCUAGCUGAAAUUUGGGGACAUCUACGUUGUUUUGCUCCCGAAACUGUUCCAGAAGAAAUCCCAGCUGAACUGUCCCUGCUCCUGGACACGGUGCAGUCCGCUGGGACACAGCUGACGAGGCUGAAAGACGAAUUCUGCGACCGAAACCAACUGUGUGCUCAGCUCACCCAAACCGUGCAAACCCUUCAAGAACAACUUGACAGAAAAGCUGCUGAACAGGAGGAGGCCACAGUCAGGAUCCAGCAGCUGCAGCAGCAGGUCGUUGAGAUAUCAGACAGUAAUGCUGCACGUCAACCAUCACAGGAUUCGUCUGAAACUCAAGAAGCUCAUCUCCUGGCAUUAGAGCAGCAGCUAGUGGAGAAAGACAACGAGCUGGCUGCCUUGCGAGAAUCCCUCAUACUGGCUACAAAGCAUGAGGCCCGAGAACAAGAUGUCAGUGAAGCUCCUGCUGAUACUUCUGCAUCCCUCCCCGAUUUCAUGGAAGAUGCACAAGAAGAAGAGACCACCUUAGUUGCUGAGGACACCUCUGUCCUUUCCAUUUCCGCUGGUAAUGAGAGUAGUCCAGAACUAAUUGGCCACCAGUCUGAGUCCCCAGAAGAAUCUAAAGGGACAUCUUCAGAUGAGAUGGUUGCAAGUAGUGAUUCAGAGGUGGCUCACAGUAGCUGGACCCUCCUGGAAGCUGUGAAUCAAGACAGCAGUCAGGAGUGGCCCUCUGUUCUACAGGACUUCGGUCAGUCGUGGGUGGCAACAAGCAUGGAGCAGGACGCCAUUACAGUCGAAGCUCAGUCCUCGUCGGUCAUCAUCAGAGAGACGGUUCAGGUUCAUGUGAGUCAGCAGAGUUCCUCCUCCACAGAUGCCAACGUGUCCUCGGGCCAGUUUGCACAAGUUUUAGCUGAAGAGCUGCAGAAGAGAUACAGUGAGCUUCUGGCUGAGCUGCAGAGGCUUAAAGAGGCAGCUGCAGAGUCACAGCAGAGAAUUAAGAGUCUUGAAGAGGAAACUGUGUCCCUCACUGCCGCCAAAGAAGAGGCCGAAGCUCAAGCUAGUAAUUCUGCAAAGGAGCUUGAGUCAGCCAGAGAGGAGCUGGACAACAGGUCUCAACAAAACACCUCAGUGGUGGAGAAGCACAGCGUUGAAAUGCAGCUUCUAGAAGAACAGCUUGAUAUUUUAAAUGCUGAAAGUCAAGCCAAGGAGCAGAAGGUCCAGGCUCUGCAGGCAGAUCUGGAAAUGGCCCAGCGAGCCCUGUCUGAGCAGGAGGGUCGGGCCCUGAUGCUGAGUGCUCAGCUGGAGGACAGAGAGCUCCUCAACUCCGAGCUAGAGAGCAGGCUUCGAGAUAUGGAAAACAGCAUGCUGGAAUACACCCAGACCUCAGAUUUAAACAAUGAGUCUAUGUUAAAGAAAGACUCAGAGAUCAAUGAGUUACAGCUUCGUCUCAGUCAGAAAGAGGAGGAGGUGAUGGAGCUGAAUGACAGUAUGUCUGCCAAACUCCUCCAGGCAGAAGAAGAGAAGAUGCAGAUUGACGGUGAAGUGAGGAAACUGAAGGAGCAUAUAGCUGAACUUCAGAAAGUCACAGAUGAGAAACAGCAAGUGACGCCUGAAGACUCAGGAGCUCAGGAAGAUGAUGAGCUGGCUGGUUUACGAAAGGAGAAAGAAGAGCUGGAAGCCCAGCUGACAAACAUGAAGAAGAAGUUACAGGUGGCACUUGUUCAGCGCAAAGAGCUCAUGAGGAAGGUUUCUGAUUUUGAGAAUCAAGAGAAGAAAUGGAGAGAGAAAGAUGAAACGGAAAUGAGAGCAGUUCCUGAGAAGGAAGAAGUAUUUAAAGGACAUGAGAUUCAAGAAAUGGAGGCCAAACUCAUGGAGCUGAAGGAAGCUUUAAGAUCCAAAGAAGAGGCAGUCGAGACUCUUGAACAGAAAAUUGUUCAGCAGGAUCAAGUUCUGGCUGAGACGCUUGCUCUGAAUAGAAAGCUAAGCGAAGAAGCUGAAAACUCCCAGCUGGCAGAUUCUUCCUCAGAAACAACAGCGUUGCAAUCUCAGGUGGCCUCUCUUGAAACGGAGUGUGAAACGCUUCAAAAGAAAGUUCAAGAGGCUCAAGAGUCUCGCAAAGAAACCAUCCGCAAAGCCAAAGAAAAAGACAGACACCACCGAGAACAGCUGAAGCAGCAGAAAGAGGAGUACAGCGAGCUGAUGGAGCGUUUUGAGGAGCAGAGCAGCAAACAAGAAGUUCUUCUCACUAAACUGAAGGAGCUAGAAGAAAAAAUGAGCUCCCAAAAAGAAGAUCUAACUCAAGAAUUGCCUCAAAAUGUAGCUGAAAAGCCUGCUGCAAAUGACUGGGUCCGGGAGGACUGGGUGGAUUUUGCUACAUCUGAGACUGAGUCAACACAUCUGCAAUCCAGUGAUCCAGAUCAGCGUCCUGCAGAGACAGCUAAUGUCCUCAGUGCACAAAUGGAAGAGUCUCUGAAGGCCCUCCGAGAGGAGAUCCAGACCGUACAGAUGGCAAACACGGAGCUGGAGAAGCAGCUGCAGGAAACGCAUGCCAAUCUGUCGCUGAAGGAGGCUGAAUUACAGGACGUAGGCAAAGAGCUGGAAGUACUGAGAGAAAAGGAACGACAGAUUGAUGCACUUUCUGAGGAAAUUAAUGAUCUCAGAGAAAAGUAUCACCAAGCUGAAUCUUAUGCAGAAACACUAAAAGCAGAGAUGGAAGCUGCAGCCAAAUCAUCUGCAGAUUCCUCCAUUUCAGCUCUUCAGGCUGAAGUGGACAACUUCAAGCAGUUUCUAGACAAUAAAAAUCAUGAGAUAUCGGAGCUGAGCCAACAGCUUAGCGAACAGAGCUCGCUCAUACAUACAAUGCAGGACACGGUGUCUCAGAAGGAUCAACUUAUCACGUCUUUACAGGAAGAACUGAAGGCUGAGCAAGAAAAAACACAGAGGUUGGAGACUGAGCUUCCACUGAAACAAGAGGAACAUGGGGAAGCAAAGAUCCAGCAGCUCCAGCGGAAGCUUCAGGCUGCUCUGAUCUCUCGUAAAGACGCUCUCAAAGAAAACAAAACCCAGAAGGAGCAGCUAGCUUCUACUGAGAAGACCAUAGCCGAGCUGCAGCAGAAAAUAGACUCAGCAGAAGACGAGCUGGAGAAGCUAAAAACUGAAAAAGCUAGACUGAUUGAUGAGGUUGAUCAGAGGUUACUGGAGAACCAAAGUCUGGGUUCCUCCUGCGAGAGCCUCAAGCUGGUGAUGGAAGGCGUACUCAAUGAGAAGGAUGCCUGUAAGAGAGAAAUGGAUCUGGCAAAGGAAGAGGCUGCAAGGAUGAGCAGAGAGUGGGAGGAAAAGGUUCAAGGGAUGAAGGAUGAGUAUGAAACUCUGCUCAAGUCUUAUGAGAAUGUGAGCGAUGAGGCAGAGCGAGUGAGAAAAGUGCUGGAAGCGGCCAGACAGGAGAGGCAAGAGCUGGCGGCCAAGGUGAGGAGUCAUGAGGCUGCAAGACAAGAAGCCGAAAGACAAGCAGAGGAAGCACAGAGAGAGGUGGAUUUAGUGAAAGAAAAGACCAGAAAAUUUGCCAAAACAAAACAGCAGAAGAUAUUAGAGUUAGAGGAAGAGAAUGAGAAACUUAGAGAGAUGCAGGAAAAGCCUGUAAUCAAACGAGAGGACAAGACUCUCAGAGCUGAAGUUGAGCAGCUUCAGGAAGAGCUGGAAGUUAUGAAGUCUGAGCUGGAAGCUACAGCGGCAGAAAGAGACUCUCUGGGGCAGCAGAUUGAAGAGCUGAAAGAGCAGCUAGCACAAAUGAGAGAAGGAAGCCAUGAAAUUUCAGUAGAUGCUUUCAGCUCUGCGGUUGUUGUAGAGGAGGUUGUCUCUGUCCAGCAAUCACACACAAUCAUGACAUCAGCGCCUGAUGAAAGUCAGCAUAACGAAAAAUUCUUAACCCAAGAGGAGACUCAUGAGCAAAUAGUCGCAGUUUCUGGACCAGAAACACGUUUACAACCUGCAGAAGAAACGGAGAAAGCAGAAAUGGCCGAAAGUGGUCAAACGUUAGCAGAAAAUAAAGUGAAGGAGAUGGAGGUUGCUGUUAGUGAAGCGAGGGAGCGAUGGCAGGAGCACGAGGCUGAACUUAGAACAGAGAUUGCCUCUCUUGAACGUAAUCUUCAGGAGAGUAAAGAGAAGGAGAGCGUUGUUGCCUUUUUAGAAAAGUGCCUUCAAGAGUCCAAAGAGAGAGAAAACAACCUCAUCGAAGAGGCUUCAAAGAGGGAAACUCAGUUCAAAGAGCUCCUCAGAAAUCUCGAAGCUGAAAAAGAUAACCUAGAGGAGCGUCUGAUGAACCAGUUAGCUCAGCUCAACGGGAGCAUCGCCAGCUACCAGCAGGAAGCGGCGGACAACCGGGAGCACCUCACUGAACUGCAGCGGGAAGUUGAGCGGUUGGAGAGGGAGCGAGCCGAGCUGGAAGCCGAGGCUCGGAGUGAAAGAGGCCGAGCCGCCAAGCUGGAAGAAGACAUGAGGCAAGCUCAACGGGAAAGAGCUGAAGCUGAAGCCGAGUCUGGGAAGCAACGGGAGCUGGAGCAACAGCUGAGGUCUGCACAGAGGGUCAAAGAGGGCAGCCAGAGCAGAGCACGUCAGCUGGAGGAGCUGCUGAGGGAGAAGCAGCUGGAGGUGCGCCAGCUGCAGAAGGACUCCAUCCAGUACCAGGAGAGGAUCAGUGAACUGGGUAGGGAAGCUAAGACGCUGCAGCUAAGCUAUGAUGAGCUCCAUAGCAAACUGGAGCAAUCCCAGUUGCAGGGCUCUAAAACUCUGGAAGACUUGAGAAGGACUGAAUCUGAGAUGGCUAGCUGCAAAUCCCAGUUAGCCGAGGCCCAGAAACAGGCAAGUGAGGCCAUAGCUGCAAAAACCGUUACUGAACAAAGCCUCCAACAGAGAGAGGCCACAUUAAAAGCUGAAGCGGAAGAAACUUUAGACUCAGUGAGAUUCAGGCUGGGAGCUGAACUGAAGGAGAUGGAGCUGAGGCUGGAGGAGGCGUACACAGAAAGGGAAAAGGAGGAGGAAGCUACUCAGGAGGCCAGAGAGGUGGCAGAAGGUGCAGAGAGACGAGCCCAGGAGAUGCAAGCUCGUCUGGAUGAGUCUCUGGCCAGGUUGGCUGCCUUCUCGCGCUGCAUGUCCUCCCUGCAGGAUGACAGGGACAGAGUUUUGGAUGAAACCCGGCAGUGGGAGACUCGUUUUAACAGCGCUCUGCAGGGUAAGGAGGCGGAAGUUCGUGAAGCUGAAACACGGGCCAAACAGCUGGCAGAUCAGCUUCAGAAAGAGACUGCACUCAGAGAGGAACUUCAGCUUUCAGUCAACAGAUUUGAGAAAGCAGACAAAGAUUGGCAGCUGAGAUUAGAAGAGGAGGAAAAGAAAGUCACAGAGCACCAAGCUGCCUUAAAGGAGGAGAGGAUGAAGCUUGAGCAAACUACAGCCGAGUUACUGUCUGCACAAAAUGAAGUCCACGCCAUGAAAACCGAGUUGGAGAGUCUGUAUCAGAGAACUCGAGCUCUGGAGGAGGCUGUAGGUAGACUUCAGGGUGAAGUCGACCAGACCAAGACUGAGCUGAGGGAUAGGGAGGCAGAAGAGAGGCGGCUGUGUUUGAACGUGGAGCAGCUGGAGACAGACCUGCGAUCAUCCAAGGCCUUGACGGAGAGUUUGCAGACUGAGCUACAUGAGAAGGAAAGGAGGGAGGUGGAGAUGCUAGGGGAGAAGGAGCAGGCUGUUGCUCAGGCUGCAGAGGAGGCCAGAAAGGAGGCUGACAGUAGGGCACAGGAAGCUGAGGAGGAGCUGGAGCAGAGGAGAGGAGAAGUACGGGAUCUGGAAGAAAAACUGCGGAAAGCAGAGGAAGAGAGCAACAACAGAAAAGCCAGGCUGGACUCUUUUACAAAGGCCAUGGGUUCGUUGCAGGAUGACCGAGACAGAGUCCUCAGCAUGUACAAGCAGCUGGAGGAGAAACACCUGCAGGUAAUGAUGGAGAAGGAUGCUUUGAUCCAAGAGGCUGCUGGGGAAAACAACAGUCUUAAGGAAGAGCUGCGGUCUCUGCUAGUCCAGAGAGACGAUCUUUAUGCUGAGAAGGCCAAGCUAUCUGCUCAGCUUCAUGGCUACCGUGACGAACUUAACCAAGUUUUAAGCAUGAAGGAUUCGCAGCACAAACAACUUCUUGCAGCUCAGAGAGAACGGAUUGCGUCUCUAGAAAGGGAACGUGAGGAGCUGGAAAGUCAUUUAAAGAGCCUGGACAGAGCCAGGGAGGCAGAGGUAGAAGCUGUGGCACAAAGAGUGGAGAACGAGACUCUUAGUCAGGCUGUGAACAGUAGGCCAACCCCACAGGAGAAGGAUGCUCCUGGAGCAGAAGUUGAGAAACUGAGGGAGCAGCUGCAGGCGGCAAAAGCCCAAGUUGAGGCUUUGGAGGAGAGUCUGCUCAGUGAGCAAGAAGAGCACAAUAGCAAGAGCAAAGAGCUAGCCGAGCUACGAUGGGAGGGAGGUGUGAUGCGCACGGAGUCAGAAAGCGCUCAGGAGAGGGUUGCAGAACUGGCCCGGGACCUGCUGGUUGUUGAGCAGAGACUGCUGGAGGAGGCGGAGAAGACAAAGCAGCUGAGAGCAGAAAACCAGUCAUUUUCUAAAGCCAUGGCCUCCCUCCAGGACAGCAGGGAUCAGGCAGUGCACAAGGCGCAGGAGCUGAGUCAGAAGCUGGAAGAGAUGAGCAAGGCAGGUGGCCAAGCAGCACAUAGCAGCCCUGGAGGGUCCACUGGGGAGGUUUGGAGCCUGAAGAAUGCACUACAAGCCCUGCAAAACGACAGGGAGAGACUGCUGGAGCAGCUAAAAACGCAGAGCGCUGAUCUGAAGAAGCAGAGGUCAGAGCUGGCUCGGCUGGGAGCAGGAGAGCUGAUUAAAGUCAGCCAGGAGCUGUUUGAGGAAAAGAAGAAGAACGAAGACAUACUGGUGGCUCUAACUCAGCUGGAGGAUGUGGUGGAAAUGAGCAAGCAGGAAAUAGAGACUCUUAGGUUGGAGCGGAUUGAUUGGAUGGCUCAAGCAGAGCAGCUGAAGCAGCAGACUCUCACCACGCUCUCAGAGAGAGACCAACAACUGCGGCAACUCACCGCCAUGCUGGAAGAUGCUCGAGCCCAGAAACCCAAACUCCAGCAGGAACACUAUCAAAGAGAGGGCACUGAGGAGGUUGACAGUGCUCCUGGAGCUCCACAGGAACGAAGCAGCCUCGACAGCCAUGCGUACACAGCUGAGGUCAAAGAGUUACAGCGAAGACUUGAAGAAGAGAUUCAGCAGAGGAUGACUGUGGAGGAGCAGAUGAUGGCCAUGCAGGAUCGAUUCAAACGUCACAGUCAGGCUGCAUGGCACCCUGCACCGGAGGGGGAUCACUCAGAGACUGCCGUUUUCAUCGAGCCCCCAGAAGGAGCUGUCACUCGAACUCGGAGAGGCGGUCCGGGUUUGACACGGAUGCUUCGUGUGGCCUUCUGCUCUCGUCAACGCACCCCUGCACUGCUCGGCCUCUAUCUGCUCACCGUGCACGUCCUGCUGCUCCUGUGUCUGGGUGGAUACCUCUAAAUCCUGCUCCCUUUAAUAAAGCUGACCAUUAGAAGACAAAUAGAGAGGCAGGCAAAGAAAAUGGAAACGUGACACCAACUUAACCCAAACCAUCAAUAUAGUUUAUAUGGCUUCAUGUAAUAACUGAAAGAAGGGGGAAGAAGAUACGAACACUGCACUUUACAGCACUGCAUUUUCAGCCAAAGUAUACUGUAGAUCUAAAUAGGGAGCUCAAUGUUUUGUCUUUUAAAUCUUUGAGGGUUUAUGUUAUGGCUUCAAAUCUCAACCCAGAAGGACAUAAAGGGAACACAUUUUAAUAUUAACGUCUUUAAAUAAGUAAAAAGUUGAGAGGAGGUGUAGAUUUAUAUUGAAGUGUAUGGUAGGUGGUGGUUUUGUCUUCAGAGUUCACAAUAAAUCAAAUGUUAUCUAUUUUGAAAAAAUGCUUUUUAGUUUCUGGUACAAACUAGAAAAUGUGGGGGUAUUUCAGGCCAUGUUGCAUGAUGGGAUGGAGGCGCCAUCUUGUUGUCUGGUUAGAUUUAGUUUAGUUUGGGGUGAAGAGAGAAAAUGGACCUCACUGGUAGUAACUAAAGUACACUGUAGAAUGUGAAUUACUAAGCCGGUAGGGAACCAGAAUCUGAUCCUCUGCUACAUCUGAUGCCACCUUUUGGCAAAUUUAUUAAACAAAACAAUACUUCCAAAUACAUUUAGUGAUGUAAUGAAAUCAUAUGUAGAAGACUUUGAGUCGCUACAUAAACAUUUCAUAUUUAAACUCAUUAACCUGCACCGGACAGACAUGUUUAACAUUUGGUUAUGAAGAGUAGAAAUUGGAGCAAAUGCACAUCCUAAAGCUUGAGGGAAGAAUUCAGGGUGUGUUUGCAUAAAAGACAAGAAACAGUCUCAGAUCAAGCGAGAAUAGAAAAUGGCACGGAUUCAUGAUGGCAUGGCCACCGAGUGUGAGCUCAGUCAGUGAAAAGCAUGGUACCGUCCUGCAGUAUGUAACCCUGUAAACGGUUAAACUGCUAAUUAAAUGGCUGCUAGAAGGCGGGUUCAACCUUUAUACUGAACUUUAAAGAUGGCUUGAGGUUCAGAUUGUUAUAGCUAAAUCUGCUUUCAUGCACAAAAACGGAGCCCAGUUCUGUUUCUGAUCGCAUACAUUCCUGUUUCAUCUUUUACUUUCCUCAUAUUAACCUUGUUUCUCCUCUAAAUGGCUGUUAUCCUCACAUCUGUACUUAUGUACACAUACUACGUGUAAGAUGGAUGCAGGUUUUUCCUUUUCCCGGGUUUCCAGACUGCCAGGGCUCUGGUGGGUGAAGUUAUCUUUUUAGUGCUAUCCAUCCCAUUAAAUCUAAUGUAGCAUAACUUGUUUUUAAAAGAACUAGUUAAAGUUUCCACCAUCUCUGUCACCGUGUUGGUAAAGCUGCUAGUCAGUUUGUCUAAAUUCUCGUUCUUUUCAUCCUGACACUGUAAAUAACCGUCUAAAGGGCUGUACAGUGAAAUAUAAUGUAAUUAAAAUCUUAGUUAUUUG